ACAUCAUCCACAACUGAAUCCACCACAUCACCCACAACUGAAUCCACCACACCACCCACAACUGAAUCCACCACACCACCCACAACUGAAUCCACCACAUCACCCACAACUGUAUCCACCACAUCAUCCACAACUGAAUCCACCACAUCACCCACAACUGUAUCCACCACAUCAUCCACAACUGAAUCCACCACAACACCCACAACUGAAUCCACCACAUCACCCACAACUGAAUCCACCACAUCACCCACAACUGUAUCCACCACAUCAUCCACAACUGAAUCCACCACAACACCCACAACUGAAUCCACCACAUCACCCACAACUGAAUCCACCACAACACCCACAACUGAAUCCACCACAUCAUCCACAACUGAAUCCACCACAACACCCACAACUGAAUCCACCACAUCAUCCACAACUGAAUCCACCACAUCACCCACAACUGAAUCCACCACAUCAUCCACAACUGAAUCCACCACAUCAUCCACAACUGAAUCCACCACAACACCCACAACUGAAUCCACCACAUCACCCACAACUGAAUCCACCACAUCAUCCACAACUGAAUCCACCACAUCACCCACAACUGAAUCCACCCAUGAACGUGAAUAUUCCUGCUUAACAUAUGAGAACUCGAUGCCCUAUGUGGUCUGGCAGAGAAUUACAGUCCGGCCAUAUCCUGAAAUCCAAGUGAGCAAUGAGAAGGUGAUUUCCUGUGAUGUUACGACCGUCUCUCUGCAAUGCUGCGUUCAGGACGGUUAUACAGUGGAAUGGAGCAACUCGGGUUGUACCAACAAUUCAGCAGGCUGCAUUUCAUGUGAAUAUAAGAUGAACAAACAGAGGUGCCAAGGUGCCACACCAGAUCCAGUUGAAGUCUCGUGCCAACUCAAUCCAGCUGUCAGUGGAGGUUUUAACAAAUCAAACAAGAUCAAAAUUACAACACAAAAUAAGAGUGUUGACUGUUCUGAUGGUACAUUUGGAGUUGGAUCUCUGGGAACCAACCGCACUGCUGACUGUGGUGUCGGCCUGGUCGGCUAUCAAACAGCUGAGUGUAAAUCAACAGGAAAAUGGGAGGUGAUAGAAGACAACUGUGUCCUGCAAGUCAUUCAAAAUCUGAAAACUGAAUCUCAGAAUUUAGUGGCUACUGACCUCCCUACAUUUGUGGUGAACCUUAGUGAAGUUACUCAGAAAAAUUCUUCUGUGAUCCAAAACUCACAAGCGACCAUAUUAACCAUCGUCGACAUUCUUAAGCAAAUUGCCAGCGUCUCUCAAACCAUCUUAGUUAAUGAAGCCACCAUGCUGGAUUUUCUAAACACAGUGGAUGUUCUUGGAUCAGCAGAGAAGCAAUGGGUGGAAAUAAACAAGAACAGCACAACCAAACACACCAGUUCUGAUCUUCUGAAGUCUCUUGAGGAUUUUGCAAGCAGACUCUCAGAUGUGACCUUUACCACUUCAACAACCUCUACCUAUAUAGCAAGAAAAACCACCAAUAAAUCCAUUUCUGAGAAAUUUGGUACAAAUUUAACUACCCACAUAAAUAUACCAGACAUCAAGGAAAAUACUUCCAUCACCAUUAUAGUCUUAUCAGCUUUUGGUAAUAUCUUACCUGUUAGAAACCAGACCUGCACAGACUGUAGUCUCAAUGGCACCAGGAUUAAUGGAGAUGUUGUUGUGGUCCAAACUCAGCCAAAAAUUAAUAACAUCUCUCUUAAAUACACUGUCAAAAAUACGACGCUGGGAAACCCUCAGUGUGUCUUCUGGAACUUUAGUUUUUGGAAUAACUCUGGAGGAUGGGACUCGACUGGAUGUAAAUUAAUACAGGAUCAGAACGGAUCAGUUACAUGUGAGUGCGAUCACACGACCUCUUUUUCAAUCCUGAUGUCGCCGUUAACUUUAAUUGCGCCUUAUUUGGACAAAAUCACUUACAUCGGCGUCGGUAUUUCAAUGGCCUGCUUGGUUUUGUGCCUCAUCAUUGAAAUCCUCAUCUGGAAAUCAGUAAGAAGAAACGAAACAUCAUACAUGCGCCACGUCUCCAUCGUUAACAUGGCCGUCUCCCUGCUGAUCGCAGAUAUAUGCUUCAUCAUCGGAGCAGCCAUUGUUAAAAACGGAGAGAAGACACCAGUACCCUCCUGCACCGCUGUAACCUUCUUCAUGCACUUCUUCUAUCUCGCUCUGUUCUUCUGGAUGUUGUUGUUAGCGCUCCUGCUCCUGUACCGCACCAUCAUGGUCUUCAACCGACUUUCCAAAUCUGCGAUGAUGGCUACAGCGUUCAGUGUUGGGUACGGAGCGCCGUUACUCAUCGCCGUCAUUACUGUGGCAUCUACAGCUGGAGGUGGAGGAUACGUCACGGCAGCUAAUGCUUGCUGGCUGAACUGGGAUAAAAGCAAAGCUCUCCUGGGGUUUGUGCUUCCUGCUCUGACUAUCGUAGCUAUAAACCUCCUGGUGAUGGUCGUGGUUCUGUAUAAGAUCCUGAGGAGAGGAUUAAACGCCAGCGUUCAGCGAGAUGAGAAACACGCCCUGCUGGUCAUCGCUAAAUGUGUAGGAAUCUUAACACCUCUCUUUGGUCUGACGUGGGGAUUCGGUAUCGGGACCAUGGUGUCGCCGGUGUUUGGACUCCAUGUGGUGUUCGCAUUGCUCAAUUCACUACAGGGUUUCUUCAUUCUAGUAUUUGGACUGUUGCUGGACAGUAAGGUUAGAGAAGCCUUGGCAGGAAAGUUGGCGCUGAGGAAUCUCAGCUCUCUGCCCACCAGGAGCACAGGUCAAGGACCAUCAUCCUCGAGUGGACUUCAUUUAUUUCAGAGGCUACGACAGUGA